UAGACGUACAAGAAGCUCCACUCUUUGUUUGUUCGCAGCCCCUGAAAGGCUCCUCGCCCUCACCUGCCUGUAGAGAUGGCUUUACCCAUGAACCCCAUGGACGAGCCCAGGGUGUACCAGCAGACGCUGCUCCAGGACGGCCUGUUCGAACUGCUGGAGAACGACAAGCUGGUCGACUGUGUGCUGAAGAUUAAAGACAAGGAGUUCCCCUGCCACCGGCUGGUCCUGUGCGCCUGCAGCUCGUACUUCCGCUCCAUCUUCCUGUCCGACCUGGACGAGAGCAAAAAGAAGGAGAUCGUCCUGGAGGAUGUGGAGCCUGGUGUCAUGGGGCUGAUCCUCAAGUACCUGUACACCUCGAAGAUCAACGUGACAGAGCAAAACGUCCAGGACAUCUUCGCCGUGGCCAACGUGUACCAGAUCCCCUCGAUUUUCACCGUGUGCGUCUCUUUCCUACAAAAGCGCUUGAGUCUCAGCAACUGUCUGGCGAUCUUCCGACUCGGCCUGAUGCUGGAGUGCCCCAGGCUGGCGGUCUCUGCCCGGAACUACGCCUGCGAGCGUUUCCAGCUCAUCUCCAGGGACGAGGACUUCCUCCAGCUGCUCCCCAGUGAGCUGGCAGCAAUUUUGGCCAACGACAACCUGAACGUAGAGACAGAGGAGGCCGUAUUUGAGACUCUGAUGAACUGGGUGUCCCAGGACGUGGUGAGCAGAGAGAAGGAGCUGCCGGGUUUGCUGGACUGCGUUCGUUUGCGUCUGGUCAAAGAGGAUUACCUGAAAGAAAAAGUGGAGAAGAACACGCUGAUCUCUUCAAACGCUGAACUGCAGGAGAAGCUGCAGCUGGUUAAGGAUGCUCACGCUGGGAAAAUGCCAGAGAUUAAAAAAAUCAAGAAGGAAAGUGGUGAAGCAGAGAAAGAUGGAGAGGGGGAGGUUAAAGAGGAGGAGGAGGAGGAGGAGGAAGCUCUUCUCCCUGGCAUCCUGAAUGAUAACCUGAGGUUUGGCAUGUUUGUCAGGAACUUGAUCCUGAUGGUGAACGACGCGGGGGCUGUGGCGUACGAUCCGUCAGGGAACGACUGCUUCGUAGCUUCGCUCUCCACACAGAUCCCCAAGAACCACACCAGCCUGGUCACCAGGGAGAACCAGGUGUUUGUGGCGGGAGGAUUAUUCCUGGACGAGCAGAACAAGGAGGAUCCACUGUGCUCCUACUUCCUGCAGUACGACCCGGUGAGUGCUGAUUGGCUGGCGAUGCCUCCUCUCCCGUCUCCCCGCUUCCUGUUCGGACUGGCCGAGGCGGAGAACUGCAUCUUCGUGUUGGGAGGGAGGGAGCUGAAGGAGCAGGAGCACACGAUGGACUCGGUUCUGGUCUACGACAGAAUAUCUUUUAAAUGGGGUGAAUCUGAGCCAAUCCCGUACCCAGUUUAUGGACAUGCGACGAUAUCCCACAAUGAUCUUGUCUAUGUGAUCGGAGGAAAGGGGGACGACAAGAACUGUCUAAAUAAGAUUUGUUCAUAUGAUGCCAAGAAGUUUGAAUGGAAGGAGCUGCCACCCAUGAAGACCCCACGCUCCUUAUUCGGAGCCACCGUUCACAACAACAAAAUCUUCGUGGCAGCAGGAGUCACGGACGACGGCCUGACAGACACCGUGGAAGUGUACGACAUCGCCACCAAGAAGUGGUCAGACUUCGUACCGUUCCUCCAGGAACGUAGCUCCCUGAACCUGGUGUCUUUGGCCGGGACGCUGUACGCUGUGGGCGGGUUUGCGAUGAUGCCUCUGGAGGAGAGCGAGGAGCUGGUUCCCAAAGAGAUGAACGACGUCUGGAGGUACAAUGAGUCGGAGAAGAAGUGGAACGGGAUCCUCAGAGAGAUCCAAUACGCCUCGGGGGCCACUGUCCUGGGGGUCCGCCUCAACACACUGCGUCUCACCAAGAUGUGA